AAUCUACAGUUCCCGGCCCAGCCGAGCCGGGCUGCUUGUCUGGCCGGCGGAGGCUGAGCGCGACCCUAGCAAGCCGCGGCGCCCGCCGACCAGGGACAAGAGCGACUCCUGGGACCUCACUCUGCCCCGCGCCGCCGCCUCCUCCCCUGUUGUCGCGGGGACGCUCAGGCCCGCGCCGCCCGGGCCACGAUUCUCCUCCUCUUUCUCCCGGAGGGGAAGGAACGGAGAAAGCCGAGCGGCGGCUCCGGGAGAGAGCGAGCCGAGGCCCCUGCCCCCGAGGCUCGGGGCAGGAGGAGGAGGAGGAGGAGGAGGAGGAGGAGGAGGCGGAGGCGGAGGGAAGUGCGCGUCACUCUCGGGAGGAGAGUAUUUCACCUCCAGGCAGAGGCUGCGGCUGCCAGUUGAGUACGAGCGGCAGCUGCGGGCGCCGGCAAUCGAGUGGCUUCCUGGCCAUGGAGAGGAGAUCUGGACCCGAGGACGCCAGGGACUCCUCUCCGUCUCCCUGGACCGCUGUGUAGGCACCUGAGUUAACGGACGCUAAGCGGGGUAGGGGAAGUAACAGUGUAUCAUGUAUGCCACUGAUUCCAGGGGACACUCCCCUGCUUUCCUCCAACCUCAGAAUGGAAACAGUCGUCACCCAUCUGGCUAUGUUCCAGGGAAGGUUGUCCCAUUGCGUCCCCCUCCUCCUCCAAAGAGUCAAGCUUCAGCCAAAUUUACCUCCAUCAGACGAGAAGACCGGGCAACCUUCGCAUUCUCACCUGAAGAACAGCAAGCCCAGAGAGAAAGUCAAAAGCAAAAGAGACACAAAAAUACUUUCAUUUGUUUUGCUAUUACUAGUUUCUCAUUUUUUAUUGCACUUGCAAUCAUUUUAGGAAUAUCCUCAAAAUAUGCUCCAGAUGAAAAUUGCCCAGAUCAAAAUCCUCGUCUCAGGAAUUGGGAUCCAGGACAAGAUUCUGCAAAGCAAGUUGUUAUCAAGGAGGGAGAUAUGCUUCGUCUGACCUCAGAUGCCACCGUGCAUUCUAUAGUCAUUCAGGAUGGAGGACUGCUUGUAUUUGGGGACAAUAAAGAUGGAUCCAGAAAUAUUACUUUGAGGACUCAUUACAUCCUGAUCCAGGAUGGUGGGGCGCUUCAUAUUGGAGCAGAAAAAUGCCGCUAUAAAUCCAAAGCGACAAUUACCUUGUAUGGCAAGUCAGAUGAAGGUGAAAGUAUGCCAACAUUUGGCAAAAAGUUUAUUGGUGUGGAAGCUGGCGGGACACUGGAGUUACAUGGGGCACGGAAGGCAUCGUGGACGUUGUUGGCAAGGACCCUGAAUUCCUCAGGCUUGCCCUUUGGGUCCUAUACAUUUGAAAAGGACUUUUCCCGGGGCCUCAAUGUGAGGGUCAUUGACCAAGACACGGCCAAAAUUUUGGAAAGUGAGAGAUUUGAUACCCAUGAAUACCACAAUGAGAGCAGGCGGCUUCAGGAGUUUCUGAGAUUCCAGGAUCCAGGUCGGAUUGUUGCCAUAGCUGUCGGGGAUUCAGCCGCUAAAAGUCUCUUACAAGGAACCAUCCAGAUGAUCCAGGAACGGUUGGGAAGUGAACUGAUCCAAGGACUGGGCUACAGGCAAGCUUGGGCUUUAGUUGGUGUCAUUGAUGGUGGAAGCACUUCUUGCAAUGAAUCCGUGAGAAACUAUGAAAACCAUAGCAGUGGCGGGAAGGCUCUUGCCCAAAGAGAAUUUUAUACCGUGGAUGGCCAGAAGUUCUCUGUGACAGCUUAUAGUGAAUGGAUCGAAGGCGUUUCUCUUUCAGGUUUCCGGGUAGAGGUUGUAGAUGGAGUGAAGCUAAAUUUGCUAGAUGAUGUUAGUAGUUGGAAACCUGGAGACCAGAUUGUGGUCGCAAGCACAGACUAUUCCAUGUACCAAGCAGAGGAGUUCACUCUUCUUCCCUGUUCUGAAUGCAGCCAUUUUCAGGUCAAAGUCAAAGAAACCCCUCAGUUCCUGCACAUGGGUGAGAUCAUAGACGGUGUAGACAUGAGAGCUGAGGUUGGAAUUCUUACCCGGAAUAUUGUGAUCCAAGGAGAAGUGGAGGACUCGUGCUACGCAGAAAAUCAGUGCCAAUUUUUUGAUUAUGAUACCUUUGGGGGACACAUUAUGAUAAUGAAAAAUUUUACUUCAGUCCAUCUUUCUUAUGUGGAAUUGAAACACUUGGGUCAGCAGCAGAUGGGGCGAUACCCUGUUCAUUUUCACCUGUGCGGUGACGUGGAUUAUAAAGGAGGAUACAGACAUGCAACAUUUGUGGACGGCCUGUCUAUUCAUCACAGCUUCUCAAGGUGCAUCACUGUGCAUGGGACAAAUGGCUUGCUAAUAAAAGACACCAUUGGAUUUGACACACUAGGUCACUGUUUCUUUUUGGAAGAUGGUAUUGAACACAGGAAUACUUUGUUCCACAAUCUGGGACUCCUCACCAAGCCGGGUACUCUCCUGCCCACCGAUAGGAACAACUCCAUGUGUACCACCAUGCGAGAUAAAGUGUUUGGAAAUUACAUUCCUGUGCCUGCUACUGACUGUAUGGCUGUUUCGACUUUCUGGAUUGCUCAUCCCAACAAUAAUCUGAUUAAUAAUGCAGCUGCAGGCUCACAGGAUGCUGGAAUAUGGUAUUUAUUCCACAAGGAACCAACUGGGGAAUCCAGUGGAUUGCAGCUCUUGGCAAAACCAGAACUCACUCCAUUGGGUAUAUUUUAUAACAACAGGGUCCAUUCAAAUUUUAAGGCUGGCUUAUUUAUUGACAAAGGUGUCAAAACAACCAACUCUAGUGCUGCUGACCCAAGGGAAUACCUCUGUUUGGACAAUAGUGCAAGAUUUCGACCUCAUCAGGAUGCAAACCCCGAAAAACCACGUGUUGCUGCUCUAAUUGACAGGCUCAUUGCUUUUAAAAAUAACGAUAAUGGAGCUUGGGUCAGAGGAGGAGAUAUUAUCGUUCAAAAUUCAGCAUUUGCAGAUAAUGGAAUAGGACUGACCUUUGCCAGUGAUGGAAGCUUCCCAAGUGAUGAAGGUUCCAGCCAAGAGGUAUCUGAAUCUCUCUUUGUUGGGGAGAGCAGGAAUUACGGCUUUCAGGGUGGUCAGAACAAGUAUGUAGGCACUGGAGGAAUAGACCAGAAGCCUCGGACAUUACCCAGGAACAGGACAUUCCCAAUUAGAGGCUUUCAGAUUUAUGAUGGGCCCAUUCAUCUCACAAGGAGCACUUUCAAAAAAUAUGUGCCAACUCCAGAUAGGUACAGCAGUGCAAUUGGCUUCCUCAUGAAGAAUUCCUGGCAGAUAACCCCCAGGAAUAAUAUCUCCCUCGUGAAGUUUGGUCCACAUGUCUCUCUGAAUGUCUUUUUUGGAAAGCCUGGUCCCUGGUUUGAAGAUUGUGAGAUGGAUGGUGAUAAGAACUCCAUAUUCCAUGACAUUGAUGGCUCUGUGACAGGAUACAAGGAUGCUUAUGUGGGAAGAAUGGACAACUACCUGAUCCGCCAUCCAAGCUGUGUAAAUGUGUCUAAGUGGAAUGCAGUGAUCUGCAGUGGGACCUAUGCACAGGUCUAUGUACAGACAUGGAGCACUCAGAAUCUUUCUAUGACCAUUACACGAGAUGAGUAUCCGUCCAACCCUAUGGUGCUCCGAGGUAUUAAUCAGAAGGCUGCCUUUCCACAGUACCAGCCUGUCGUCAUGCUGGAGAAGGGAUAUACCAUCCACUGGAAUGGGCCGGCACCACGGACUACAUUUCUAUACCUCGUCAACUUCAACAAGAAUGACUGGAUUCGAGUUGGCCUUUGCUAUCCAUCAAACACAAGUUUUCAAGUUACCUUUGGCUAUUUGCAGCGGCAGAAUGGCUCAUUAUCCAAAAUCGAAGAAUAUGAGCCUGUGCAUUCACUGGAAGAACUGCAAAGAAAGCAAUCCGAGAGGAAAUUCUAUUUUGACUCCAGCACGGGGUUACUGUUUUUGUAUCUCAAAGCCAAAAGCCACAGGCAUGGCCACAGUUACUGUUCAUCUCAGGGAUGUGAAAGAGUCAAGAUCCAGGCAGCCACAGACUCAAAGGACAUCAGUAACUGCAUGGCCAAAGCAUACCCACAGUACUACAGAAAGCCGUCAGUGGUCAAGCGGAUGCCGGCCAUGCUCACUGGACUCUGUCAAGGCUGUGGCACUCGGCAGGUGGUGUUUACUAGUGAUCCUCAUAAAAGUUACCUCCCUGUGCAAUUCCAGUCACCUGAUAAAGCAGAAACCCAGCGUGGAGACCCGUCUGUUAUUUCUGUCAAUGGCACUGACUUUACCUUCCGAAGUGCAGGCGUCCUCCUCCUUGUUGUGGAUCCGUGCAGCGUUCCAUUCCGCUUGACGGAAAAAAAGGUUUUUCCUCUUGCUGAUGUCAGUCGCAUUGAAGAGUAUUUAAAAACAGGCAUCCCUCCAAGGUCCAUUGUUCUGUUGAGCACAAGAGGAGAAAUAAAGCAGUUGAACAUUUCACACUUACUAGUACCUCUGGGAUUAGCCAAACCAGCUCAUCUUUAUGACAAAGGGAGUACCAUAUUUUUGGGAUUCAGUGGAAACUUUAAACCAUCAUGGACUAAGCUAUUUACCAGUCCUGCUGGACAGGGCCUUGGGGUGCUUGAACAAUUCAUACCUUUGCAGCUGGACGAAUAUGGUUGUCCCAGAGCCACCACUGUCCACAGAAGAGACCUGGAACUGCUAAAGCAAGCUUCAAAAGCACAUUAGAGACUAACUGUAACUUAAGUGCUGGGGGAAAAAAAAUGUGAACUAACUUAUUUAAUUUAUGGCAUUUUAAAAUGACACUGUUAACCCAACGGAACCAUUUUCCAGUUUGAUACAGAAUGGGGAGAAAAGAAAGCGUUUGAAAUUAUUGCUUGGAUACCAGCUUCAUGCACCUUCUAGUUGUACAAAAUGUUAAAGACGUUGUUUGUAUUUGUAAGGCUGGUGUAUUCAGAGAGCAGAUCUCUUAUUCCUCACUUUCCACCCCCGUAUUUUGUAAUGACCAUGAGCAAUGCUUUUACUUUUUGUAUAAUGGGGUGGGGUGGAGUGGGGGCUUCUGAGAGUCAGCCUGAGGUCUUUAGAGGACCAGCUAUUGUAGCACCUUGGAUACUUGAAGUCUAAUGCUCAGUUGGGUCGGAUGGCGGUUGACUUGGUGGCUGGCAUGUUCAGCAGUGCCUGGGGCCCUGUUUCUGGGCAGCCUUUGAGGAUUUUCUAUGAUAUUGAAUGACAGUUUUAAGUGGCAACUCAGGCCCAGCUCAUGCCCUUUUUUGCCUGGACAUGUGCUAUUUUUAUUCACUUAUAUAUCAAUUACUUGUAAGGGUUAAACUUUCAAACAGGAAGUAUAUUGGGACAAAAGGGCUCUUGGGGAUUAGAUAUCCCUUAAUCUGUGACCAUUGGGCAAAAAAUUUUCCUGCAGCAAAAGUCUGAGGCUGUUGGGACCAUUUUUGCAGCUUUAAUCCUUAGCCUCUUUUGACUGUAUAUUUGUGUUUAAAAUGCAGAGCUCAACUGAAUAUUUCCUUUUUUGUUUUGUUUUGUUUUGUUUUGUUUUAAGAAGUAGGUUGUUUUCCUGAACCGUAAACUUGUAUCAUUUUAACUUGCACAAAGGAAGUCUGUUCUUGGUAUUGCUCUUGCACUUGGGUUUUUUGUUACUGUUUUGUGUGGAUUUUUUAGAGCUUUUCUGUUCACCCUCCUGCCAGGAAAAUCCCAGAAAGCUUAAUGAUACCCCAAAAUGAUUACACCCAGGGAGGAAAAAAAGGAGCGCUUUCCAGGGUCAGAAUCGUGGAGAGAAUACUCAGAAAUGAACCUCUUUAAAGCCUUACAGGAAUGAGUCACUCUUACUUAAUGAAAUGUUAAAGCCAAUUAAAAAGCGUGCUGUGAUGCCCAGCUUCCCUUUCCACAGGGUGCAUGCAUCUCCUGCUGGUGAAUCACAUGCGGCAAGAGGCAACUGGCUCCACAGCCUGGGAUGCUGCUGUACCAAGAGGAAAGAAGCAGCAAAAUGCCUUUAUGUUGUUCUAAACCCCCCACGCAUAAAGUGUAGAGGAGGGAUGGCCAAGGGUGGGUGGUAGAAAGUGUGUUCAGGCUGACACUGGCAGUGAGUACAGAUAAUUUCACUUUCCUCUUCCAGGGUCAAAGGCUGAUGGCCUCUACCUUUGUAUCCAGGAGAAACUGCAGAGCAGCCCUGUGACUUUACAAAAUAUGCUACCUCAAAGUGCUACCGAUAAACCUUUCUAACUAUAAGUGCCCUUACUAAGGGCACAUGUCUUAAUCAAAGUUAGUUUUUUGUUUUCUGGUUUUUUUUUUUUUUUUUUUUUUGUAUAUUGAUGAAUGAGAUCUUACCUAUUAAAUAUAUUAUUGGAUCAUGGUUCCUGAAGGUCAUUAAAGUUUGAGUGUGAGUGUGUGUGUGUGUGUGUGUGUGUUUUAUGACUUAAAUAUCUUUAUGUGUGUUUUUUAGAGCUUGGUUCUUUAAAGAUUUGGAGAAGAUAUGUAAAUUACCAAGGCACUUGGUUUUUCUGUUUCAUAUACUAAUAAUCAGGGCCUAAGUUAAAUAAAAAUAUGUGUGCAUGUAUUUUA